AUGCUCUGUUUCGCUGCUCAGUCUUCAAACUUUGCCGCUCGCGCACUCCGACGGUCCUUGCAUCGCACAAGCGUGUGCACGCAGUAUACUCGCAGGCGACUAGCCCCAGAACGAAGGCUGCAAACGUCAGCGGUUGGUACCAACAUGAUACUCGAUCGGAAAUCCGCUGCUGCAGUGGUAAUCGGCGACGAGAUACUGACCGGCAAGACGCAAGACGCAAACACUCAAACGCUGGCGAAAUUCCUAGUAGAGCACGGCGUAGUGCUGACGAAAACGGAAACGAUACUAGAUGACAUCGACACGAUCUCGGCGACAGUGCGGCGGCUCUCCAAAGAACACGACCUGGUGUUCACAUCUGGUGGGAUUGGCCCGACAUUGGACGACCUGACGUACGCCGGGGUGGCCAAGGCGUUCGGAUUGCCGCUGGAGGAGCACAAGGAGACGCUGAGAAUGAUGCGGGAGAUUCAGCCGCACAUGGAGAUCAACGCGGCGCGGUUGCGCAUGGCCAUCUUGCCCGCACCGUGCGAGACGUUCUGGACCGGCGAACUUUGGGUGCCGCUUGCGUGCGUGAACCGCAACGUGUAUGUUCUGCCGGGGAUUCCCAGUCUCUUCUCAAAGAUGCUGGGGUCCGUGCCCAAGGAGCGGCUCGGGGAGGUGCGUGCGCGAGCGCGAGCCGUGGUGCUAUGCGAGCUUUCCGAGGGUGACCUCGCGGCGACGCUCGACGAGGCGCAUGGCAAGAACGCGGACCUGGCGUUCGGCAGCUACCCCGCUACGACAGAAGACACGCGCAAGCUGUACCGGACCAAGAUCACGGUGGAGGGCGACGACGAGGAGGAGGUGGCCAUGGCGGCGCAGGAGGUGUGCGUCGCGGUGCAAGGGAGACUUUGGGAGGACCAGUAG